AUGGCCAGUCCGGGGUCACCUCCGAUUCCGACGAGUAUGCUUGGAUCAGGUGGAGAUUUGUUCACAGGUGGGAAGUUUGAAGAGAGUCGAAGGGCCCGUGCGAGGAGGAAAGAGCAUAGACAACGAGAACGUGAGCGAGAACGUGAACGUGAACGUGAGAAUGAGGGAGAAAAGUCGAAAGUAGAUGGUAGUACAACGAUAGCAGAGGGUGCAGAUGCGAAAAAAGACGCUGGAGCAGAGAAGCCCGCUGAGAAACCAACCGGUUCAUUGAAUAAAAAGAGCAGUUUUGGCAGUUUGCAGUUGAAAGGAAAGAGAAAGAGUAAUGGGAGUACUAAGAAACUUCUUGGUAGUGGGGUCAUGAGUGGGUUCAGACGUAGAAUGCCGGGCAUGAUGCCUCCACCAGUGGGAUCCCGAGACGACUUUAGUAGUGACGACGACAAUGAUGACGAUGUCGACUUAGGAGAUUAUUAUGGAGACGGUGAUGAAAUUGAGGAUGGAGAUCUGGGAGAAGACGAUGUUGAUGAGGAUAAUGACUCUGAAUACUAUUAUGAGGAGUUUAAAGACCGUGGUUCUCAUCCUGGAAAGAGCAGAAAUAGCAAGUCCAGGACGAGUAAAGGUCUGUUUGAUUUCGGGAAGAGAGAUGAUGAAGGGGAUGAUGACGAUGAUGACGAUGACGAUGACGACGAUGAUGACGAUGAUUAUGAUGAUGACGAUUUUAACGACACAACUGCAACUACUUUUUUCCGGAACCUGUCUGAAGACGAUACUUUAACUACGGUAUAUGAAAAUGAGUUUGCAGGUAUAGAUAACAGCGACAGUGAUCUGUUAAGUGAUUUCGGUCUAAGAGGACAAAACAGGUCCCAGACUGGAAUUGCAGGUGGAGCUGGGGCUGGUGCUGGGGCAUUGGCUGGAACGGGUAUUGGUACAAGAGGAGAUAGAACAUCGCAUAAAAAUGGAGGUAGAAGAGGAGGACAGAGUAACAGAAAUGGUGGACGUGGAAACAGCUCUAACGACGUUGUACUUGGUGAUAGACCAGAUAGUACGAAUAAUGCGUCUGAUACAACCGGAAAUGGCGAUGAUGGCGGUAGUGGUAAUCAGAGUCAAAUCACGAAUUCUGGCGGUGCUGGUCAUGGCCAUAGUGAACUUAACUUGCGAGACCGAGCCGAUUCGACUACUAGUGGUGGAAUGAGUGGCUCGAUUCCUGUAGGAGAACUCACUUCGAGCUUACUUGUCCGAGCAAUGAGUGAAGAGGAUGACAGUAACAUCGAAGAAGAGCUCCAGAAUGCCGCGAGACAAAUCAAACGAAAAAGUAUGGCAGCCACUGAUGUAGAUUCACUGGUAUCAGACAGCCGACCUCCUUCAAUUCAUAAUGUAUCUCCACAACCACAGCCGGUUGGAUCGGGCCAUGGACAUCAGACCUCGACUCAAAAUCAACCGAGAUCUCGAGUGAGGGCGACUACUGUUAGUUCCACUGUAUCAACGGGUCAUAAUCCUCAUCAGAAUCGCCAAAAUAUCAUGAGACAGCGGUCGCUUGAUAUCGGUCUAAACACUUUAGCAUCAAAUAUCAGUAGUAACAGACUGGGACUUCAACCACCGAAUGUUGGCAGUAGUGUCAGCUCGACGAGUCGUAGAAUGAGCAAUCCAGCUCCAGUACGAACCUUAUCCUCUCGAACACUUAAUGGCGGUACUGAUCCCAGAGACCCAUCGACCACUUCACAUAUUCCAGCUGUCAGUAGACGCAAUACAGAUGCGAGCGUGUCGUCUACAAACAUCGUUCCGGAAAUAUUCCCUAGCGAUGAAGUACUGGCCAAACAAAAUCUGUAUUUACAGAGAUCCAAAUCAGGAAGUACCAGCUCUCUUAAUGCCAUUAGCAAUGGAGCUGGUAGCUCCAACCCCAGUCUGCCAACUCCACCUGCUAAACUAUCAAGUCUCAUUAAAGCCAAGCAAGCCUCAUUCGACAACCCAUUAGAACAGUACAUUGCUGCUUCUGGAAAAAGUGAGCGCAAACCUUGUCGACUGAAAAUGUACAUGCCCUCUUGUAGCGAACCCAAAAAGUCCUGGGAAGUUGUUGUUCGAACAGAUGCUAAUGUCGCCAGUGCCAUCGGAUUCGCUCUAUACUGCUUUCAACAAGCAUCAAGACAGCCUGCACUUCCUGAAGACAUGCAGGAUGCUAAUAAAUGGAAUCUUCGCAUUGUUGAAGACGACGGUGAGCCCGACGAAGAUUUCCCUGCUCUCGACAGAACCCGACUUAUUUCAGCCUACUCUUUCGACGAGUUUGCUCUUGUAGAAGCAACCCCCGACCAGUUUCGCGAAAACGAGAAAAUCACCCCCAACUCUCGUAAACCAACAAAAAGUAAAAGCACGACUUCAGUUAGCGGUCCAGCAAAUGCAUCUUCAGCUGGAUCUACUGGACCGGGUGCAUCCACCACCUCUGGUAACACUAACGAUCCAAGCACUCCAGAACAGGUUACAAUCCGAGUUUUCCAGUUCCCUUUCAACGAAUUAGUCUCACCAGUGUUUUGGACUGCCAAUUUAUCAACCACCACCAAAAUCGAAGAUCUACUCGAAACAAUAUGCGAAGACAAGGUGCUUGAUGUGUCGAUGUACGUGCUGAAAAUCGCCGGUACCCGUACAUUGGCGAUGAACUCGCUCGAUUUAACGUCUUUAGACGGUCGUCACAACCUCGAACUCACACCUAAACGUACAAUUACAGCUGACAACGGUUACGACGUUUCACUACUAACAGCCAUGAACCGACGAGCAUCGAGUCACACAAACUCGCCCUCAGCCCGACGACGACUGGUCGGUGCUGGUCCAUCUACCACGUCAUCAACCUCACCAUCUAACGUAUAUUCAGCACUGGAGUACCGAGGAGCUCAAGACAUCAAAGCCAGUUCCAGCCAUAUCCGACUUCCCUCGAGCAUUCUCCCAGAAGGCCUCCUAAACGGGUCAUCUGCCGGGUACCAAAAGUACAUGAUCUGGCGACGUCAACCCAUGUCCUUUAUCAGCAGACACGAGCGAGUACUCGCCAUAGACGGAGAGUACGUGCACAUUAUGCCGUCUGAAGACCGGACCUUCUUCGACUCGCCGAAAACCUCGUCAUUCCACAUCGGCCAGAUCAUCAAGUGCAAACAAUCAACCAAGGUUCCCACGAACUUCAAAGUGGUCGUCAUGAAAACCAGCGGCCCCAAACGAUACGACCUCGAAGCGGUCUCAGUAGCGGAGUCGGCCGAAAUCGUCGCCAAACUUCGAGCUCUGUCGCAAAAGUACCGCCAGAACUAG